CCUCAUUCUACAUCUCUCCUGUGCUCGAUCCUCCGUCAAAAUGCAGGUGAAAUUCGAGCCAUUGAAGAACGACCUUUUGCUGAGGGCUGCAAGAGGCGAGAAAGUGGAACGCCCGCCCAUAUGGGUUAUGCGACAAGCCGGACGUUAUCUCCCCGAGUACCAUGAAGCUAAAGGCAACCGUGAUUUCUUCGAAUGCUGUCGCAGCCCCGAGAUCGCCUCGACUUUGACCAUCCAGCCCGUGGAACGGUAUGCAGGACUUAUCGAUGCCGCGAUUAUUUUCUCCGACAUUCUCGUCAUCCCCCAGGCCAUGGGGAUGCUGGUGGAAAUGGUCGACAAGAAGGGACCUCACUUCCCAGAGCCGCUCAAGUCGCCGGACGAUGGACAGUAUGAGAAGGUCAUGCAGAAACAGGUUGAUGUGAAGUCGGAGCUGGACUACGUCUACAAGGCCAUCACCCUGACCCGUCACAAGUUGCAGGGUCGCGUGCCCCUCAUCGGCUUCUGCGGUGCCCCGUGGACUUUGCUCUGCUACAUGGUUGAAGGCGGAGGCAGCAAGCUGUUCGUCCAGUCGAAGACGUGGGUCUACAAGUACCCCAAGGAGUCGCAGGCGCUGCUGCAGAAGAUCGCAGAGAUCUGUGUGGAAUACUUGGCCCUUCAGGUCGCGGCAGGUGCGCAGUUGGUCCAGGUCUUCGACUCGUGGGCGGGUGAACUGUCCCCGUCGUCUUUCCAGUCGUUCUCGCUCCCCUACCUUCGUCACAUCUCCGCCAACCUGCCGAAGAAACUGACUGAGAUGGGACUGGAGCCGGUCCCCAUGACCGUGUUCGCCAAGGGCGCGUGGUAUGCUCUGGAGGAUCUCUGCGAUUCGGGCUACAACGUCGUUGGACUUGACUGGUUGCACGAUUCGGCUGAAGCUAUGCGGGUUGCCAACGGCCGCGUGACGAUCCAGGGCAAUGCUGAUCCCGGUAUGCUCUACGGAGGCCCGGAAGCCAUCACCCCCGUGGUCGAGAAGAUGGUCGAAGGAUUCCGAAAGGGCAAGCAAGGAUGGAUUGCUAACUUGGGUCACGGUGUGACUCCUUUCGUCAAGCCGGAGAAUCUAAAGUUCUUCUUCGAAGAGAUCCAUCGCCUUACUGUUUGAAAUGUUCAUGAUCUCUGUUGAAUUUCUUUAUAUACACAACGGAUAUUUCAUUUCUACAACCCUCGAUCAAUGAAUGCCAGCGUGUCUGCAACAAGCGCUCAAGCAUAUCUAAACGGAAAUAUCCUCAUUCCUGGUGUUGCAAUCAGCAUUUGUUGGGCUUUGAAACAGGACAUAAAAGUAAUAAAGGGAUUUGAUCGCACUCAGCACGAUACAAAAGAAUGAAACAUACCAAAGCUCCGGCUUAUCCUUGAUGAAGUCCUC